GUCAUCACUUCCGCCCGGCCUUCCUGGACUGCCUUCUGCCUCCGGACUGUUUCCAGCCUGCCGGGGAGGCCAGAGUGGCGGCCGGAUGAGUGCGGCGCGGACGCGGACGCUGAGGGUGCCAGGCCGUCACGGCUACGCCGCCGAAUUCUCCCCGUACCUGCCGGGCCGCCUGGCCUGCGCGGCAGCGCAGCACUACGGCAUCGCGGGCUGUGGAACCCUGUUAGUAUUGGAUCAAAGUGAAUCUGGACUCCAGAUUUUUAGAAGCUUUGACUGGAAUGACGGCUUGUUCGAUGUCACGUGGAGCGAAAACAAUGAACACGUCCUUGUCACCUGCAGCGGUGACGGCUCACUGCAGCUCUGGGACACCGCCAAAGCCACAGGGCCCCUGCAGGUCUAUAAAGAGCACACCCAGGAGGCAUAUAGUGUUGACUGGAGCCAAACCAGAGGUGAGCAGCUUGUGGUGUCUGGCUCGUGGGAUAAGACUGUCAAAGUGUGGGAUCCAACUGUUGGAACUUCUCUGUGUACCUUUCGGGGCCACGAGAGCGUCAUUUACAGCACAAUCUGGUCUCCCCACAUCCCUGGCUGUUUUGCUUCAGCCUCAGGUGACCAGACUCUGAGAAUUUGGGAUGUGAAGACCGCAGGAGUUCGGCUAGUGAUUCCAGCACACCAGACAGAGAUCCUGAGCUGUGACUGGUGCAAAUACAACGAGAACUUGGUGGUGACAGGAGCAGUUGACUGUAGUCUGAGAGGCUGGGACUUAAGGAAUGUACGACAACCUGUAUUUGAACUUCUUGGUCACACGUAUGCUAUUAGGAGGGUGAAAUUCUCACCGUUUCACGAGUCAGUGCUGGCCUCCUGCUCCUAUGAUUUUACUGUAAGAUUCUGGAAUUUUUCAAAGCCUGAUCCGCUUCUGGAAACAGUGGAGCACCACACAGAGUUUACCUGUGGCUUAGAUCUAAGUCUCCAGAGCCCCACUGAGGUGGCCGACUGCUCCUGGGACGAAAGCAUAAAGAUCUAUGACCCUGCUUGUCUCUCAGCUCCUGGUUAAGAUGCGCUGAUCUAGUCAGAAGCUGGGGUAUUGACGGACGAACUACUUAACAUCAAAUCAUUAACUAAAGGAUAGAAAUCAGGCCUUUCCAUGCACUGAGAUUUCAGAAUUCUAAACUUACAUUGGAACCAGCCGAUAAAGACAUCGUAUUAUAUUGUUAGCCUGGUACAUAAGCCAUAUUUUCUGGAAUCCUAAAGAAUAAUUGUUAUGAUGUAUCUCAUAAUGUCUAUUAGAAUGUUAUCUUUAUGUUGUAAAAUGGACUAAAAUAUGAGAGGUUUGUAAAUUACGUGGGUGGUAAUAUAUUUCAUUUUUACUUUGUCAUUUUGGAUGUAAAAUAUAACUACUCCUGUUGAUAAAAAUCCAAAUAAAUUGCAUUUCUUGAUCAUAUAUUAUUUAUGAUAUCCCAGUGAUAUUGCAU